ACUGCCAGCGCUGCCAUCUGAUUGGUGUCUUCAGCCGCCCGUCACAGCUGGGGCGGGGCCACACGGAGCGCGGCCGCCGGCGGAGCUCCCGGCGCAGAGCGGCUCCCGGCCUCACCGAGCCAAGCUGGACCUCCCCCGGUGAGCUGAGGAGCAGUCCCGCGCGGGCAGCGAUGACGAGCGAGGUGGUGGAGGACGAGUGUGAGUUUUACUCCAAGGCAGAGAAGUACUGGAAGGAUGUGCCAGCCACGGUGGAUGGCAUGCUGGGGGGCUACGGGCACAUCUCCAGCAUCGACAUCAACAGCUCCAGGAAGUUCCUGCAGCGCUUUCUGCGGGACGGCCCCAACCGGACGGGCACCACUCGCGCUCUGGACUGCGGGGCGGGCAUCGGCCGCAUCACCAAGAGGCUGCUGCUGCCCCUCUUCAAGACAGUGGACAUGGUGGACGUGACAGAGGACUUCCUGACCAAGGCCAGGAGCUUCCUGGGGGAGGAGGGCAGGCGAGUGCGCAACUACUACUGCUGUGGCCUCCAGGACUUCAGCCCCGAGCCGAACUCCUACGACGUCAUCUGGAUCCAGUGGGUCAUUGGACACCUGACUGACAAUCACCUCUCCGACUUCCUGAGGCGGUGCCGCGCCGGGCUGCGGCCCAACGGCAUCGUGGUGAUCAAGGACAACAUGGCCCAGGAGGGGGUGAUCAUGGACGAUGUGGACAGCAGCGUGUGCCGGGAGCUGGCCGUGGUGCGCAGGCUGAUCCGCAGCGCGGGGCUGCAGCUGCUGGCCGAGGAGCGCCAGGAGAACUUCCCGGACGAGAUCUACCAUGUCUACACCUUCGCCAUGAGAUGAGCCCGGCGGGACAGGGGCUCCUGCUGGAGCCAGGAGCCUGCCUUGCUCGCGGGGGGGGGCAGCUGCUGGGGAGGGGGACACCCGCCCCCCCUCUCCAGGGCUUUGUCUUCCAAGCUGCUGCUGUUUGUGAAGAGAUGUUUGCCAAAUACAUUCUCCUGCUGUGGCA